AUGCGAAAUCUGGUCAAAUGUUCUCUAUUUUUAAACUUAGAGGUGAUCACGCUAGGGGCGAAAAAUAUGGUCAAACCGACACAAACAUCGGCCACAAAAAUAUACAGCGGUUCCGACGAUAUCAACGAUAAGUGCAUACAAUUAUGCCGACGCUAUUUGGCCGGCAUUUGGUCGACAGCGACCGGCGCUGACGUGCGGGUGCGGCCCGUGUCUGGCGGACGCACUAAUCAUCUAUGCUUAUGUCAACUAACUUCACCGGCAGCUCCGAUAGCCGGCGAUGCUUGUGAUGAGCCGCAACCCCGGGAAGUAAUUGUCAAAUACUACGGCUGGAAGUAUGACUUUAAGAUCGGUCACCCGACCCAACCCCGAUUCAACGACCCGAUCGUGAUGUCCCUAACCUCUCACAAAAGGUUAGGACCUCAUGUGUACGGACUGGACCCCGAGGGCGAAGUGCUCCGGUAUUAUAAGCACCGGAUCUUUGCUAAAAGUGACAUCAAUGACGAGCAAUUGAUGACUGGGUUGGCCCGACAAUUGGCUAGAUUUCACGCCCUUAACGCACCGCUAGGUCGGGAUCGGGACUGGAUUUGCAACUAUUUUGAGCAGUUUUUAGCCGAAUCGGGCGAUAAAGUUAACGCUAUGCUGGAGGCUGUGCUCCGAGAGUACGGCUGUCAGCUUCGGGAGCCGACCCUUGACCUGAAAGCGGAGAUUCAAUGGCUUAUCGACUGCAUCCGUGGCCAGUGGUCUGACGGGCCGUUGGUUUUCUCCCACAACGGCCUUAAGUUCAAUAACAUUAUGGUCACCGACGAGGAGGGGGUGGAGGGAUCGCCACAGGGAGAGAAGGCAAUGAUGAUUGACUUUGAGUUCUCCACGUAUGGCAACCGUGGCUACGACCUUGGUCAGUUUUUUAUGCCCACCGUAGAAAUAACCGUUGAUGGUAAAAUUGAGUUUACGGCCGAACCGGAAAUGAGACAAUUCAUCAAGGUCUAUCGCCAGGAGAGUGUCCAACUGUAUGGUUCCCAAUGGGCCACUAAGCCGUAUAAUACGGCCGAUUAUAUGCUGAUCUACCGGAUGUUUACAAUAUUACUUUUCCUGAGUCCUGAUACUCGCCGGGAAUUCCCGGAUCGCGAUAUUGUUAAACGGCUUUACAACACAAAUGUUAAUCAAUUUUUGCCCCUUAAGCGCUAUUUUAUUGAGCAUGUCCACGUUCCCAGCGUAACGAUGGUAAGCCACGGUACAAUCAGAGAUUACCCUGGUGUUUCUAUAACCGGGUGCGGAGUGGCACAUAUGGGCCAUAAACUAGAAGAGGGGUGUUUCAGUUGGCACACUAGUAACGGGGCGUUGGCUAACGUACGCCGGGGUCGACCCGCGGCUCCCGGAGAGGUCCCGUGGCUUGUAUACAUUACGGGCACACAAAACGGAGUCAAUUUCUCAGCGUCAGGAACUAUAUUCAAUGAGCGCUGGAUUAUAACGGCUGGUCAAAAUACAUUUUGCGGGCUACGUUGCACCGUGGCCAAUCUGCGCAUCUACCCUAGCGCGUUUAGCAGCAAACACUUGGAGCACACGCAAUAUUACGAGGCCAAGGAUACACACGUGCACCCCAUGUUUGAAACGUCCGACAAAGCUAACAAGGAGUAUGACAUCGGGCUAAUUGAGCUGAACACGGCCAUGGUGUUUGACCAGGAGACCAUGACUCUGGCCAGACCUGUGUGUUUGCCCGAUAUGAACCAGAUCAAUCGUGAUGGUCAAUACGCCCUAUUUGCUGGUUAUGGCAAUGUUGAUGGACUGCCCAUGGUCGGUUGGACCAAGAUUAAACCUUUUAAGCCGGGUAAAGGUCGGGUAAUAGUGGCCACCCGGUACCCAUCACAGGCGGGCGAGUUCAAGUGCGAGGGUGACAAUGGCGGACCCUUAAUCCAGUACAUUGACAAUGGUGUGGCAGUUUUGAUUGGGAUCUAUUCCGAGAACAUGGUGUAUAAAAACGGACAGUGUAUGCCUUUGAAGGACAAACACAAUUUGACAUUCACUCGAGUAUCAAGGCAAAUUGAAUGGAUACUUAGAGUGGUCAGACGCAGGCUUGGUAAAGAUCAAGUCGGCUACCCGUUCGGCUAUGUAGUUAACAGUCGGGGGCUGUUAGCCAUUGACCACUCGACAAAGGCCGCACAGUUUACCACAUUCUUACACACUAGUGAGUCCAUCACAUCGGCCACAGCCGGCCUGUACUUUGAAUUGUCGUAUAUGAGCCACUCUAAGGCCAUCAACAGGUCCACCUGA